AUGCGUAACCGAUGCGCCUUAAAACGGGUGGACGGCAACGCGCCGUCUCAGAGAGCGGCAGGCGAACGACACGUGGCAGCAUGGAAUUCGUCGGGGCUGGCAGCAGCUGGAAUCGAGCAGCACGAGAAGAAAUUGCAACAGGAGGAGCAGCAGGCGGAGCAGCAGGAGGAGCAGCAGGAGGAGCAGCAGGAGGAGGAAAAGCAGCAGGAGGAGCAGCAGGAGGAGGAAAAGCAGCAGGAGGAGAAGCAGCAGGAGGGGGAGCAGCCGCAGGAGCAGCAGGCGGGGCGCAUGAGAGAGGACGGAGGAGGCGUGGAGGAUAAGAAACAGAACGGGGCCGAGGCAGUGGAAGAGGCGACCAAGGAGGAGGAGGUGGUGAUGGCGAGGGAGGAGGGAGGGAAGGGAGGGGAGAGGGGGGAGGUGGGGGAUUGGAAGCUUCGAGGAGGUGUGGAGGAUGAACAGAACGGAGGCCACGCCGGGGAGGAGGUGAACAAGGAGGAGGAGGAGGUGGCGACAGAGAGCGAGGAGGGAGAGGAGGAGAGGGAGGUGGGAGAAGAGGAGAGGGAGGUGGGAGAGGAGAAGAGGGGGGUGGGAGAGGAGGAGAGGGGGGUGGGAGAGGAGGAGAGGGAGGUGGGAGAGGAGGAGAGGGAGGUGGAGGAGUGGGAGCGGGGAGGAGGAGGGGUGAUCUUGGGAGUGGUGAGGCAGAGCUCCUUUGAUCCAGCCAGGAGGGUCUGCAGGCUCAUUGCCCGGGCACGAUCACUGAGUGAGUCACCCCUCUAA